AUGUCUUUUGGCACAAAAACGGGUUUCUCCGUGCGGGACAUCCUGGAUCUACCGGACCGAACCGGGAGAUACGGAUCCGGAACCGAGGAAGCAGAGGAGGAGGAACCGGAGGAGGAACCGGUGGAGGUGCCCAGGAUGGAGACCGGGCAGAAACUGGGAUUUAGCGGCAGGUGGAGCCGAGGAUCCGUGCACGGUUUUUCCUUAGAGAACCGAAAGGGGGGUAAAUCUCCGGAUCUCUCCACGGACGAGUCCCCGGACGCGGCACGGCAUGCGGCGAGCGGCGGCAGCGGCGCGGCGCAGAAGGGACGCAGCAGGAAGCGGCGCGUCCUCUUCUCCAAAGCGCAGACCUUCGAGCUGGAGCGGCGCUUCCGGCAGCAGAGAUACCUGUCCGCGCCGGAGAGAGAGCACCUGGCCGGGCUCAUCCGCCUCACCCCCAAUCAGGUGAAGAUCUGGUUCCAGAACCACCGCUACAAGAUGAAGCGCGCGGAGCACCUGGAGCCGCUGCUGCCCGUGCGCCGCGUCUCCAUCCCGCUGCUCGUGCGCGACGGGAAGCCCUGCGAGCGGAUCUCAGACCUGCAGCCCUGGCUCUCCGACCUGGAGGUGUCUCUCCGCUCCGGCCUCAGCCUGCCUCUGUGCACCUUCUCCCCGCUGCUGCACCCCGGGUACGGCCCCGAGCACCCUGGGGUGACGCAGCUUGCACACAUGUACCACUGGAGCUGGUGA